AUGAGGGUAAGGAAUGUAGGAUGUAGCCCACCUGGUUCAGUAGUUGAGUGUUCCAGUGGGUUGAGCAACUGCACUGUUACAAAUGGGUAUGGUGUUUUUCCUGAUAGAACAAUCUGCAAGGCAGCACAAGUUGUUUAUCCUUCAACAGAAGAUGAGCUGUUGAGAUCUGUUGCAAUGGGUGUUGAGAAGAAGCAGAAGAUGAGGGUGGUAACAAGGUAUUCUCACAGUAUUCCUAAGCUUGUUUGCCCUGGAGGAGACUUUGGUUUGGUCAUUAGUAGCAGAGAUUUAGAUCAUGUUGUUUCUGUUGACACUUCUGCCAUGAGAAUGAGUGUUGAGAGUGGGCUGCCACUGAGAAAACUUGUGGAUGAAGCUGCCAAAGCAGGCCUUGCUUUGCCACAUUGUCCAUUUUGGGAGGGUGUGACAAUUGGGGGCAUAUUAGGCACUGGGAGUCAUGGCAGCUCUCUGUUUGGGAAAGGCAGUGCAGUUCAUGAAUAUGUUGUGGGAAUGAGAAUGAUAGUUCCUGCUUCCAAAGAAGAAGGAUAUGCUAAAGUCAUCCUGCUUGCAGAGGAUGAUGAGGAUCUCAAUGCUGCUAAAGUUUCUCUUGGGGUUCUCGGUGUCAUAUCUCAGGUCACCCUUCAACUGCAGCCAUUGUUCAAGAGAAACAUUACAAAUCUUGAGAAAGAUGAUGGGGACGUAGAAAAUAUGGUACUCACAUUUGGCUUGCAGCAUGAAUUUGGAGCCAUAUCAUGGUAUCCUUCACAACGUAAGGCAGUAUACAGAGUAGAUGACAGAGUUCCUGUGAAUGUCUUAGGAAAUGGAACAAAUGACUUCUUUGGAGGAUUGACGAACGACGGCCAAAAUUUUACUGGGUAUCUAGUAACAAGCUUCCAAGAAAAAAUGCAGACUUCUGGAUCAUGCCUUGCUAGCCCCAAGGAUAAGGCUUGCCCAUGGGAUCCUCGAGUAACAGGCCAAUUCUUCCACGAAAUUGGAUUUUCUAUAGGUCUAUCUAGGAUCAGAGACUUUCUUCUUGACCUCAAGGAAAUCCGAGACAUGGAUAGUACAAGCUUCUGUGGGGUCGACUUCUAUGAUGGUAUCCCGUUUCAUUACGUGAAGGCUUCAAGUGCUUACCUUGGCAAAGAAGAAGAUUCAAUAAAUGUAGACAUGACAUUUUACAAAUCUCAUGAACCAUUUACUCCUGCCCUGUAUAUAGAUGUUAUACAAGAGAUUGAGCAGAUGGCUUUUUUCAAAUAUGGAGGAGUGCCUCACAAGGGCAAGAACAAGAAUAUUGCUUUUGUGGGUGCCAUCCAAAAACAAAGUAAAGCGGAAGAGUUUAGGAGGACUAUGAGUAAAUAUGAUUCAGAGGGUUUUUUUUCAAAUGAAUGGACAGAUGUUGUGUUGGGUAUGAGAAAUCAAGAUGUUGUGAUUUAUAAAGAUAGGUGUGCUUUGGAAGGACUGUGUAUGUGUUCAGAGGAUGCUCAUUGUGCUCUUCAUUAUGGGUAUUUGUGCACAUCUGGAAGAGUUUUCAAAGAUGCAAAGGUUUGCAGGAAACAAGAGGGAGAGGGAGAGGGAGAGGGAGAGGGAGAGGGAGAGGAUAACGCAGAACUUUGA